UUGACUGAAAAUCAAACUAAUAAACGUCGUGCAGUCGAAACUUAUGCAUUGUUGGGUGCAUCAAAGGGUGAAUUUAUAUGUCUGAAGCAGUGCAAAAGGAUAUCAUGGAGCAAGGAACGAGCGAAAAUGCUAUGUGAAUUGAAAUCGUUAAACCAUGAAAACUUAACGAAUUUUCUUGGAAUUUGCCAUAAUGAAACUGAUCGAUUUUAUACAAUUUAUACGCUCGUUGAACGGGCAUCUUUAGAAGAUUUUAUUUUUGAUCAAGAUUUUAAUAUGGAUGCAACUUUUAAAUCUGCUUUUAUUAAAGAUAUCAUUAAGGGACUGUUGUAUUUACAUAAAUCACCGAUUGGCUAUCAUGGCAUGUUAUCAUUAAAAACAUGUCUUAUUGAUUCAAAUUGGGUUCUUAAAAUGACUUGUUUUGGAAUUUCGACGUUAUUUUAUGAACUUAUCAAAGAUGAAUAUCUAAAAACAAUGGAAAUUAUAUCUCAUAAAUAUUAUAUAAAUAUAGCACCUGAAUUACUGGAAGGUGUGCAAAUUGGUCGAAUGUAUCCACCUGGCACACCCAGCGGUGAUAUUUAUAGUUUUGGAAUGGCACUGUUUUCAAUUAUUUAUCGCUGUGAACCUUUUGAAAAAACAAGAUUGGCAAUGAAAGGUAAUCUCGUUGAUCAAAUGAUAAAAAUGAACGAAAAAUAUGCGCAGAAUUUAGAACGAAUUGUUGCUGAACGAACAUCAUUAUUAAUUGAAGCACAAGAGCAGACCGACCGACUUCUUUGCGAAAUGUUACCUCCAACGAUUGCUGCACAGUUAAAAAGUGGUUUGCCUGUAAUCCCGCGAAAUUACGAUUCUGUCACCGUCGCUUUUUGUCAAAUUGUUGAUUUCUCUCUUCUGAUGGCUAAAUGCACACCUGAUCAGGUAAUAUCAUUUUUGAAUGAUGUUUUCACUCGAUUUGAUAUCAUUAUAAAUCGUCAUGAUGCAUACAAAGUUGAAACCACUGGUGAAACAUAUAUGGUAGCGUCAGGAGUACCAAAUGAGAAUCAAGGUCGUCACAUAUUUGAAGUUGCUGAAAUUGCGCUUGAAAUUCGACAAGUAUAUUUUUAUUUUACUAUGCAUACUGAAUGGAAUCUUCGCGUGCGAAUCGGUUUUCAUUGUGGUCCUAUAGCUGCUGGUGUAAUUGGCUUACGAUCACCACGUUAUUGUCUUUUUGGCGACACUGUAAAUUUUGCAUCUCGGAUGCAAAGUAAUUGUCAACCAAAUCAAAUUCAAAUGGCAGAAACAACAGCAAAAAUUUUAAUGAACUCAACAAAAUACCAGUUAACAAAAAGAGGAAUUGUUCACGUGAAAGGAAAAGGUUUCACUCAACUAGUUAUAACAAUUUGUGAGACGCAGGAUAUUAAUUAA